UUUUUGUCGUUGCAGAAAAUUUAUCAAAUCUGCAAAGGAUACGACAUCAAAAAUAGCCAUGUCGACUGAUAAACAGAGAGAAGAAACAGAACUGCACAAGCUUCUGGCUGACUUAGAACAACAGUGGACAGACAACAAGACAGUGGAUAUAGCUAAAAUCCUAACGAAGCAACUCUCUAGCUCGGAUAAUCCAUUUGCUCUGGUUGUGUUUAUAUUAGACAAUGCAAAGCAAACGCAAACUUUGAAAAACAAAACGUUAUCAUUAUUUGCGCUGACAACCUUUGAACAAUGGGUCAAUGAACAUAAAAAUGGGAUCGAUUUUACUCAACUCCUAAGUAAAGAUGUUCAAUUGCAAAUAUUUACAAUUUGCACAAGGCAUCAUACGAAACUAUAUGAUUCUGCUAUCAAGUGCUUCCAGCUCUCUCAAGUGAACAAUGAGUUUUACCUUCAAAUUAUUCGACAGUUCCUAGAAGAUCAUAAAUUCCAAGAAGCAGCCUGUUGGACAAAUAAACUUGGACUGCAACAUUACUUCGAUAUUACAGAAAUCGUGCUACCACUGCUUGUAAAUUGUGAAACGCUAGCUUUAGAAAAUUAUGUCCGUGGAAUACCAGAGCUUCAAGAGAAACUUGUCCUGUAUUUGGAUCAUCUUUGCGAUAAAAAGACGGACCUUGUUUCACUUAAGCAAUAUAUACUAAUAGAUGGCGUCACAAAGAAGGAUAAAUUUGGGAUAGGGUAUCUUAAGAAGCUAGCUAUCAAACUUCUCAAGUUAUACGAUAUACCGCAAGAAAAAUGUCCAAAUAUUGCUAAUGCAAUAGCUGACGGAGAUAUAAGAUAUGUAGUUAUUUCUAGAUUUGUCGAGAAGGACAUUGGCGAUGUACUGCGGGAAGAGACGGUGCGUAUGAUUGUAGGAACAAAUGCCUAUAGGAAGAAACAAUUGAUUCUUCAACUCGUUGUCAACAACAAAGCUGAUGAAGCUCUUAAAUGGGCAAACAAGUUCAACCUUCCCGAUGCUGAGUUACCUUGGUCUGUUAGAAAAGCCAGAUAUAAACAAAAAGGGAUUAAUCAGAAAAGUCCAAUGAAAGCUUCACAGUCUUCAACUUCCAGUUCCGGAGUUGGGGGAGCAGAUACAGGGAGUUCUGAUAGUGCCAACUAUUACCAUCUCAAACUUCACCCGGAGUGUUUAGUUAUAGUCGACACGUUUGAAAAAUAUACAGAUUGCAUGAAUUACAUUACGCGUCCGGAAAGUACUGUUGGGAUAGAUUGUGAAUGGAGACCGUCAUUUUGUGGGCAUGAUGAGAGGGUUGCUUUGGUUCAAUUAGCAUUGAAAGAAAGAGUAUUCUUGCUAGAUAUAUUAGUUCUCCAGAAGCUAUUCAGUGACGCAAUAUGGCAAAGCUUUGCCGAGUCACUGUUUUGUUCAAGCCAUGUGCUCAAAAUAGGUUACGGAAUAACAGGUGAUUUGAAGAUGAUUAUGAAAACAUUACCUUGUAUGAGGGACGUCAUGGCGGGCGUGAAAAGAACAAUAGAUAUAGAACCCCUAGCUAAGCAGAUUGUGUUAAAAGAAGGAAAGACUCAGCCACAUGCCGGUUCAUCGAUUGAUUCAAAGCAAGACUGUACAUUGAUGGAUUCAGAACAAGUUCAUUCAUCCAUGGAUUCAGAACAAGCCUGUCAAUCGAAUGAAUCAGAGCAAAAUUUUAGUGCUAUUGAUAGCAAAAAAGAAAAUGAAACAAAACAACUAGCUCACGUUGGUAAAAAGAAAGGCAAAUCAUCCAAAGCCAUUGCGCCAACAGAGAAGGGUUUGAGCAAGAUUGUGCGGUUAUGUUUUGGUAAACCGUUAGAUAAAUUAGAACAAUUAUCGGAUUGGGAAAGACGACCGUUGCGAGACCAACAAAUACAAUACGCAGCUCUUGAUGCCUAUGUCUUGCUGGAAGUAUAUGAGGAACUGUUGAGAUUAGCAAAGAUUGAGAACCUUGAUAUUGAUGUAGAACAAAACAUUGGAACGACUUGGUUGAAUCAAAGUAGAUCGGAGAGACGCAAGACACUACAUAGAGAAAGUCAUUCACAGGCAACAGACAAGGGGUCACCAAGAAAAUGACAAUCUAAUUCUACAUGCUGAAAACCAUUCUUGGGACGGUUAAAAGGAAUUUGUGCUUGUAUGUCUUUUGUCCUCAACUUAUGAUAGAGGUGUAUUUUGCUCUGAUUAAAUAACAUAUAUAGAUCUAAUUAAAAA